AUGAUAUCAUAUCCUUCCCUAGUUCUUUUCUUCUGUAUUUGCAUACCAAACCCCAGUCAAACAAAGAUAUACUUUAGACGGACUCCUGAUGCACCAACAAAAGAACUGCUACAACAUUUUUCAGUGAAUGAUGGAAAACUACUUAAUCGUCAAAAACGGGGCUGGAUGUGGAAUCAAUUCUUUUUGUUGGAAGAGUAUACAGGAUUGGAAUAUCAAUAUGUAGGCAAGCUUCACUCUGAUCAAGAUAAAGGAGAUAAAAAUUUGAAAUAUAUUCUCUCGGGUGAUGGAGCGGGCACACUUUUUGUUAUUGAUGAAAACACGGGUGACAUACAUGCAACACGAAGAAUUGACAGAGAGGAAAAGGCCUAUUAUACUUUACGUGCCCAGGCAGUAAACAGAAGGACAGGGAGACCAGUGGAACCUGAGUCUGAAUUUGUCAUAAAGAUACAUGAUAUCAAUGAUAAUGAGCCUACUUUUCUAGAAGACAUUUAUACAGCAAGUGUCCCAGAAAUGUCCGAUGUUGGUACAUUUGUUGUUCAAGUUACUGCUGCAGAUGCUGAUGAUCCUUCUUAUGGUAACAGUGCCAAAGUAAUCUACAGCAUACUUCAAGGACAGCCAUAUUUUUCCGUUGAACCUGAAACAGGAAUUAUUCGAACUGCUUUGCCAAACAUGAACAGAGAGAACAAAGAGCAUUAUCAAGUAGUUAUUUUGGCCAAAGACAUGGGAGGUCAGAUGGGAGGAUUAUCUGGAACUACUACCGUGAAUAUUACACUUACUGAUGUUAAUGACAAUCCUCCCCGCUUCACACAAAAUUUGUACCAUCUAAGUGUAUCUGAAGCUUCGCCUGUUGGCUCUACAGUUGGUCAUAUUAAAGCGGUGGAUGCUGAUUUUGGCAAAAAUGCUGAAGUAGAAUACAGAAUUACUGAUGGUGAUGAAAUGGGGAUAUUUGAUAUUGUGACAGAGAAAAGUACGCAAGAUGGAGUCAUCACUGUGAGAAAGAGACUUGAUUAUGAAAGCAAAAGGUUGUAUACUUUAAAGAUGGAAGCUGUGAACACUCAUAUUGAUCCACAUUUUUACUACCUUGGACCUUUUAAAGAUACAGCUACUGUGAAAAUUUCUAUUGAAGAUGCAGAUGAGCCGCCUAUGUUUAGCCGACCUAGUUACAUGUUUAAAGUACAUGAAGACAUUGAAGUGGGAACUAUUAUAGGCACUGUGAUGGCAAGAGACCCAGACAUGAAUUCCAGCCCUAUAAGGUUCUCUUUGGAUCGCCACACUGACCUUGAUCGAAUCUUUAAUAUACACUCAGGAAACGGAUCAAUUUAUACAGCAAAACCUCUGGACCGUGAAAUAUCCCAAUGGCAUAAUCUUACCGUUAUAGCCACAGAAAUUAAUAAUCCCAAGCAAAGCACCGGAGCCACUGUUUUCAUUCUCAUCCUAGAUGUCAAUGAUAAUGCACCAGAGUUUGCUAUGGUCUAUGAUACAUUUGUUUGUGAAAAUGCAAGACCUGGACAGUUAAUACAGACAAUAAGUGCUGUGGACAAAGAUGAGCCCCCUGGCGGUCAAAAGUUUUUCUUCAGUUUAGCAUCCGUUAAUCCAAAUUUCACUGUCCAGGAUAAUGAAGAUAAUACGGCUCGGAUAUUGACAAGAAGAAAUGGAUUUAGUAGACAUGAAAUAAAUACAUAUCUUUUGCCAGUUGUUAUUUCUGACAAUGAUUAUCCUAUCCAAAGCAGCACUGGGACAUUAACCAUCAAAGUGUGCACUUGUGAUGUGCAGGGAAACAUGCAAACCUGCAAUGCAGAAGCCUUACUCCUACCUGCUGGUCUCAGUACUGGAGCUUUGAUUGCAAUACUUCUGUGCAUCAUCAUUCUUUUACUUAUAGUGGUGUUGUUUGCAGCUUUAAAGAGGCAGAGUAAAAAAGAACCUUUAGUUUUAUCUAAAGAGGAUAUCCGAGACAACAUUGUAAGUUAUAAUGAUGAAGGCGGUGGAGAAGAAGACACACAGGCAUUUGAUAUUGGCACAUUAAGAAACCCUGGGGCUAUGGAAGAUAAAAAGCAUCGAAGAGAUAUUAUCCCUGAAAGUCUUUUGUUACCACGUAGAACUGCUUCUGUUCCUGACAAUACAGAUGUACGAGAUUUCAUUAACCAAAGGCUUAAAGAGCAUGAUAAUGAUCCUACAGCUCCACCAUAUGAUUCACUUGCAACUUAUGCAUAUGAAGGCAAUGAUUCCAUAGCUGGAUCUUUAAGUUCAUUAGAGUCAAGUACUACAGAAGGGGACCAAAAUUAUGAAUACCUCAAGGAAUGGGGUCCACGUUUUAACAAAUUAGCUGAAAUGUAUGGCAGCGGUGAGAGUGAUAAAGAAUCCUAACUUGAACAAUGUCCUCACUCUUUUUUAAUUUCAUUUUAAGUGGAAAUACAUUUGCAGGCACCGAGGGAAUAUUAACAUUUUAAAAUACCUUUUAUGACACUCAGCACAGUGUUAAAAUAAUAACAAUAAUAAAUUAAAAAAAAUACUUUUUACACCAUU